AUGGCCGCAACACAGGAGAGAGAAUUGACUGUAAAAGAAGAAAAACGCCUCGCCAAAGAGCAAGACCGUAACUAUGUGGACUAUCGUAAACAAGAAAUUCUUCACCUCAUCAAGCCGAAAACCAAAGCGUUUAACCUGAAAAAGUUCGACGACGAGUUUCCAAAGCCGAAGAAAAAGGACAAGAUUGAUAUGAAGUUUGGCGAAGAGAUGCACAAGUACUUGACACUUCGUCCGGAUGCGAGAUUCGCCACGUGGCCCGGAAAACCGGCGAUCAAAAAGAAGAAGCCGAAGGCGGCUGCUCCGGUGAAGACUGGGUUGAUGGCGAAGAUGGCAACGGCGGCUGGAGUGGCAAAACCACAAAAAGAGGCGACACCAGAGCCAGCGAAAAAGGGGUUGUCAAGAAUUAUACAAAAGCUGUCGCCAAAAUUCUCAUUCAAAAAGCCGAGUUCGACGACGACGUGGACUGCAAAAACCGAGGCAGUCAGAGCCAAAUUCUUUCAUAACAAUGCCGAACGUGCCCGAUUUUUUCCUUUUGGGCCGACAGCUCAGCUAAUGACAGGUCAAAUGUUGGUUUUUGGAAAUAAAUGCCUCGUCAUUGGAAACACUCUCCAAUCGAUUAUCGAAUCAACUGCUGAUCGGAAGGGUCUUUGCAAGGAACGAGUCGAUAAAGGACACAAGCCAAUGGUCAAAUGGAGCAAGAAAACGCAUACAAUCGAGUAUGUGAUGGAUUCGGUGCCAUUGGAAAAGACGGCGAUUUGUGAGGGCAAAUUUCAAGUGAUUCUGAAGGAAAACGCGAAGAAAGAGUGA